CAAAAAAUCGUACGCCGUUUUCCAAAGCAGUUUUCAAUCCCCAAAUUUGAUCAUUCACUGCGAUCUUGGCUCCCCAACUCCAAGCGACAAUAAUGUCUGAAGCGAGCGAUCCGGCCAAAGAUUUGGUAGGCGAGUACUUCCUCGAUCUCUGGUCCAAAACCCGAGCUCCAGCACCAGAAUCCGAAUCGGACGACGAGGAGGAGGAGGAAGAAGAACUGCCUACAGAGUUGGUCACGGAGAAUAAUGCUGGUGGAUUCGCAGUGGUGAGCCAUACUGCGGUAUUCGGACUUCGGUUUGUAAGGGCAGGACGUCGGAAUGGUGCAGGCUAAUCACGCUGCGCCGAUGAAGCGGAUGCUUUAUUAUUUCGAGGUUAAUGUGAUAAAUAGAGGGCAGAUGACGGUGGGAUUUACGACCUCUGCUUUCCAAGAUGGCCGCCAACCGAGCUGGGAAGCAAACUGCUGUGGAUACAAUGAUGAUGGACUGUUUUAUCGUGGACGUAGAAGAGAAGUGGUGCCCGGCCAGAUUUUCACCAACGGUGAUACAGUUGGCGUGGGUAUCAACAAUGAAACGCAGCAGUUCUUUUUCACAUCAAAUGGACAGCUACUACACACAUUCAAUAAGGAUUUUAAGGGUCCAAUGUUCCCUACGGUUUCUGUCCAUAGCCGCCAUGAGGAGGCUUCUGUAAACUUUGGACAGGGGGAUUUUGUCUUUGAUCUAACAGCAUAUGAAGCAGGAGAGAGAAUUGAGGAUAAUGUCUCAAUACCACAGGAAGCCAGUUAUGGGAUAAUCCGAUCCUAUCUCCAGCAUUAUGGUUACGGAGAGACACUACAGCAGCUGGACACUGAUUUGGAAAGUAAGACGACUGUUCCAGAAGAUGGUGAUGAGGAUUACACAUAUGAGUUUGAUCAUAGGAAGAUACUGCGUGAGAAAAUAAACUCGGGCAAGAUUGAUGAGACGUUUUCUACACUUGGAGAAUGGCAUCCACAGAUUAUUGAGGCUGACUUGCAUUUUGCUACAUAGCCAAAAAUUUAUUGAGCUUAUUCGGAAAGAAAAUCAAGUAGAUGCUGAAGAAUAUGCCAGAAGUGAACUUGAUAGGUUCAACAAGGUUGCAGCUUUUGAAGAUCUAGUUAAGGAUUGUCCCGCCAAACGAGUCUGUUGGCUACCUUCUUAGUCAUUCACAUAAACAAUUGGUGGCCGAUGCUGUGAAUGCAGCCGUCCUGGCUAGUAAUCCGAAAUUUAAAGAAGCUCGGCUCCCGAUCUCAGCUCUUGAGAGACUAGUACAGCAGGUUACGGUCUGCUCAUUGGAGAAAAGGUCCCUAAACGGGGAUGAAGGUAAAGCCUUCCUAUUGAGCAAAUUUCUAAACUAGUUCUAAAGCAAAUACUGUACCAUAUGAUGUUGUGUGGUGUGAUUGGCUCUCCAUUGAAGUUUUCAUUGUCUAUAAGUAGAGCUAGAAUGGUUUCCUAUGAACUAACUCUUUGUUGAUA